AUGAUGCUAGCAAGCCAUGGGAUGCAUGUCAAAUCAAGCACCAAUGUGAUAUCAAAGCUCGCGGAGCAGCAAACCAACGGACGGAACUUGGAACACAGGUUGUUUUUCAAACCGCUUCUGGUAAACGGAAAGACUGGGAUGGAGAUUAGGCUUGCUCCAGCGCCGAAAACCAAAAGGCCUCCCGCACGAGUAUUGCCCAUACCAAGGCCUAAGAGUAGGCUUUCUAGGGAGGAUACUUACAAGGCCCCUGAAGACACGGCAAAAGAUUUUUUGAAUGCUAAAAUGGAUCCGAGUCUUCAUGGCAAGAAGCUAUCGGAAUUGAGCAAAGAUGAACUGAAAUCGGUUUGCUUCCCUAGUAUUUGGGGCCAGUCAUCUUGCUUCAUCGGAAACUAUGGAGACGACCAUAAACGAGAAUUGAAUAAGUUAAGAAGUACCAUUGAAAGCAUCAGUAGUGCAAAGGAAGCUUGGAAUGAAAACAAGAUCCGAAGAACUCUCUUGGAGCAAAAAGCAGAUGCAUUACUUGCCCAGAGGUGGAGUCGGGGAGGGUAUCAGCCAGUUCGACAGAGACCCGUAACAAGUCAGGAAAAUAUUUUACUGAAAAUGAAAAGGGUUCGAGAAGCUGGGUUCAAAAUAACCCAGCCAGAACUAGAGCUGACCAACAAAAUUGCAGGGUUCUCAAGUUUUGAACCUAAACCACAGGUGAUCAAGCUUUCCGCAGACGAAAAAAAAUUACUCGAGGAGAUUAACCGUCGUACAGUGACUGUUAGAAGGCAAGAGCAGUCUGAACACCUUCUGAAGAUUUUCAAAGAAUUCCAAACAGGAAGUCAAUUUGAAGAUCACACUGAUCAUGAAGAUAUAGACCUUAUUGUUAAAGCACUCCAGGACUUGAGUGCCGAGGAAAGAGAGGGCAAAUUUUGGACUGAAUACGAUGUGGGACUAAUCAAAGCCUUAGAAGCUGAAUGUAAAAGGCUGGGGGAAAGAGAAAGUAACCUCAAGAAAAUUGCCAAAAAUCUCAGAACCCAGAAGGCUUAUGAGGUAUUGAGUGGCAAGGUUGAUGAACGUAGCCCAAGGAAUCUGAAAGGACUGAGCUUUAGCGAAAAAGUGAGGAAGAACACGGCAUAUUACCAAAGAUCUCAUCCACACGAGGUCAUCGACUUGCUCACCGAACCAGAGACACGCGAGGUUAAAAGAUUAGCGAAGCAGUAUUACUGGAUGAAAGAGCAGCUCUGGACUCCCACAGCUUCGGAAUUGAUCAAUAGGGCAAGAACAGAACUUGAAAACAGUCAAGGUUUGUCAGUCGUAGAAAUGCCUAUCCAAACGAUGAGAAAGAUCCACGGAAAGAGAGGGACGGAUGGCAGUCCAGAGUUUAUUGGGACGAAUAUGAUUGAAUCAACUGGCAAUGAAGAAGGUCUUGACACAAUGCUUUUGGCCACCAAGGUACAGAUUCUUGGACUAGCACUGAGGAAGAUACCCGUGACUACUGACACUGAACGGGCCUUUGAAAGACUCUCUCUUCAAGAGAGCCUGAUGAGAGCCUGUCAAGAAAGAGUAGAAGACCAACGAUUGGCACUCAAGCUCGAGCAAAACAUCAGGCUAGACGAGCUGGAUGAGACUGAAUGGGGGAAACUCCAGUAUCUGUUUCCACACGAACUUGAACAACUUGCUCGUGUGAUUUCAUCCCAUGAGGACCAUCUCAUCAAGACCAGCCCUCUUCAUCGACCAAACCUCUUCCCCCAAAUAAUCCGGCUCGUGCAGAACGCUUCAGAUCGCUUCAAUCUCAGCAAAAAAAUGCCUUUCAAAAACCAUCCCGGAGAUUUUCUGCUAAAUGAGGCGCAAGCCGAGCGCAGGAAUUUAAAAUCUUUUGAUGCUGCUGGACAAGAUGUAAUUUACAAAACACACAACCCUCAGGCUCGGGCGAGAAAUCGAUGA